GGCAGCGCAGGCAGCAGCGGGGCUUCCCUCUAGCCGCAGGGCAGGAACCCCGGCCGGCGCUGCCCCUCCAUCAUGAUCCUUUGGUGGUGGCUCUGCUGCGGCCUCUCCACCUCGGUGGGGCAGCCCGACUCGGAGCUGAUGGCGAGGUACCUGGAGGAGAAGCUGAUGGCAGACUACAGCAUCAUGGAGCAGGUUGCACGCCGUGUUCCACGACAGGCCAAGUUCCUGCAGAGGCUGGAAACCAGGCCUCGGAUGUCUGAGUUCAGUGUGAAAUCCACAAUCAUUUCUCGCUAUGCUUUCACCACGGUGUCCUGCACGAUGGUGAACAGCGGAUCUGAGGCACGAGAGGCUGUGUUUGAGAUGCAGAUCCCUGCUCCAGCUUUCAUCUCCAACUUUACCAUGAUCAUUGGCAACAAGACUUAUUAUGGGGAGGUCACAGGGAAAGAAAAGAAACACAGCAGUGAUGACAAAGCAAGGCACAGGAAGCCUCUGAACUCCACAGAAGGAAGGGAGAAUGGCUAUGAGACAUUCAAAGCUUCUGUCUUCAUUCCUCGCAAGAUGCAGGCCAAGUUCCUACUGCAUUAUGAAGAGCUUUUGCAAAGGAGGCUGGGGAAAUAUGAGUACACAGUCAGCAUCCGGCCCCAGCAGCUGGUAGGGAGGCUACGAGUGGAGGUGAACAUCCUGGAGAAGUCAGGAAUAGUUUCUCUGGAGGUGCCUCCCCUGCGGAACAGCAAGCACAAGGGCAAUGGAAAAGCUGAAGGUGAUGUUUCUCCUCCUCCUUCUACUGUAAUUGGACAUACGAAAACCUUGGCUAAAGUUACAUUCAAUCCCAGUGUUGUUGAGCAAACCAGGAUCGCCCGAAAUGGCAUUUUGGGAGACUUCAUCAUUAGAUAUGAUGUCAACAGGGAGCUGAGUGUUGGGGAUGUUCAGAUUCUUAAUGGGUAUUUCGUGCACUACUUCGCCCCCACAGAUCUUCCUCCAUUGCCAAAGAACGUCGUGUUUGUGCUUGACAGCAGUGCUUCAAUGGUGGGAACGAAACUGAAACAGACCAAAGAAGCUCUCUUCACAAUCCUCCAGGACCUGAGGCCUGAAGACCACUUCAAUAUCAUUGGCUUUUCCAACCGCAUAAAGGUCUGGCAGCAAGACCGGCUGGUGCCAGUUACUCCAAAUAACAUAAGAGAUGCCAAAAAGUACAUUCAUAACAUGUCACCUACUGGAGGGACUAAUAUUAAUGGUGCUCUCCAGACUGGUGCAAAGCUGCUAAACGAUUACAUUGCUCAGAAUGACAUUGAUGCCAGGAGUGUCUCUCUGAUCAUCUUCCUCACGGAUGGGAGGCCCACUGUUGGGGAAACACAGUCACUGAAAAUCCUCAGCAACACCAAGGAUGCCAUCCGUGAUAAAUUCUGCCUCUUCACCAUCGGUAUUGGCAAUGAUGUGGACCACAAGCUGCUGGAGAGGAUGGCACUGGAGAACUGCGGCAUGACAAGGCAUUUCCAGGAGGAUGAGGAUGCAGCCAGCCACCUCAAAGGGUUCUAUGAUGAAAUAGGAACUCCUCUUCUCUCUGACAUCCGUGUUGACUACCCUGAAGACAACGUGGAGCAAGUCACCCAGAACUUCUUCCCUAACUACUUUAAUGGCUCUGAAAUCAUCAUAGCUGGCAAACUCAUCAACCGCACCUCAGACAGUCUCCAUGUGGAGGUGACUGCUAGCAACUCCAAGAAGUACAUCCUCCUCAAGAAAGAUGUGGCUAUUGACGUGCCAAGCAGGAAUGAUAUCAGAGGUAUCCCCGGCUUGGAAGAUGACAAAGGUGAUAUAAAUUACAUUGAGAGGGCAUGGAGUUACCUCACCAUCAAGGAACUGCUUAACUCUUGGUUGAAGAGUGAUGACAGUCAGGAAAAAGACUAUUUGAUGGAGAAAGCCAAGUCAAUGGCCCUGACUUACGAUUUUGUUACUCCCUUCACUGUUCUGAAGAUGAGAGAGGCUGGGGUCCAUCCAGAACUAGCUCCAGAGGAGUUUAUCAGCCCUUCUACUGACGGCAUCGGAGAAAAGUUGCAGAGUUUGCAGGGACACAAAGCACCACCAGGUAUACAGAGACAGCAAGAUAAACAGAGAAUUAAAAUCUCCAAAACCUCAGCUGAUGGAGACCCUCACUUUGUCAUUGAUUUCCCCUCCAGCAAGUUCUCUGUCUGCUUCAACAUCGAUGGAGAACCAGGGGACAUCCUCCGACUGGUUUCUGAUCAUAAGGAAUCUGGUGUAACUGUGAAUGGGCAAUUAAUAGGAGCUCCUGCACCACCCAACGGCCACAAGAAGCAUCGGACUUACUUCAGCACCAUCACUAUCCUCAACAAUAAGCCAGAGAGAUCUUACCUGGAGAUCACACCCAAAAGAAUCAUCCUGGAUGAUGGGGAAAGGCUCCUUCUCUCCUGUGGCCGGAGCGCCGUUGUGCGAAGCAGCAGCCUCGAGGUGUCCAUCUCUGCCAAUUCCAACGUCACUGUGACCAUACGAGACACCAUCAGCUUUGUCAUCCUCAUCCACCGUUACAAGAAGCCAGCCCCAUAUCAGAGGAAUCACCUGGGGUUCUACAUCUCCAACAGUAAAGGCCUCUCUUCUGAUUCCCAUGGGCUACUGGGUCAGUUCUUGAACCACGAAGUUAAACUUCUCCAGGAAUCUCUAAACACAAGUCAUCAGCAGGUUGGUCAGAAUCAAACAGAAGCAUUGCAGCCAAACCCUACAAACACCCUGAAAGUGAAGGGACGCCUCGUUCCUGUGGUGUGGAAGCAGAGGAGGAUCUACAGUGGCCAGCAGAAAGUUGAGUGCUGGUUUGCCAAAAACAAUGCAGACAAACUGAUCGAUGGGAGCUAUAGGGACUAUUUGGCUUCUCAUCCUUUUGACACAGGGACCAGCUCUGGGACAAGUAACAGCCUUUAAGAAGGACCAGAGCCAUGCAUUGCAGCAGCAUGUGUGACAGUGGUUCCCUUCUGAAGCCUCUAGAGCUAGGCAACUUAUGAAUAUUUCUUUACUUUUUGGUGCCAAAGAAACCAAGGCUUUUUGUCCUUGGAAAUCAGCUGUCUCUCUUUCAUGCUAGAUGGAUGUUGUUCAUCAAAUUCCUGCAGACAAGGAGGCUGUGGGGGAAAGGGUUGAGGAGAUGGUAAAAGCAUGAUGAGUGCUCUCCCAAUAGGAAUGAACGGAGAAGUGGUCGAGCACUCGUGUCAAGCAAUGCAGAGAGCUGCUGGCCUUAAAAUUAACCCAUGCAGGGAUCUGUGCAAUACCCCAGGAGCUGGUAAGUCACACAGAGAGAGGCAUAGAUCAUACAGCACAGUGUCUGUCUAGAGAGACGUCCUUGGGUGUCCUCCCUUUAGUGCUUUGUGACUUGGAGCAUCUGCUCCAACCGUGGUCCCUGGGGAAGGGAGAGAGAGAGACAGGAGAGGUGUCUGGAUAUUCAUCUGUACUGCCCCGUUAGCAUCAAAGAGGUAACAAAGAAAUCAAAACCUUAUAAAUCAACAGCCCACAAGACAGUAUUGCUCUCUUGGUUAUUAGGCUGAGGUCUGGAUUUACUACUAAGCGUGACGUUCCCUGAACUCCUGUGGACCCUUAAAACAGUGGUGAAAACCUCCAUGUGGCUUAUUGCUGUCUCAGUGCACAGGCUGCCUGCUCAAAAAGCAGCAGGAGGAGUGGUGCAGGCUCCCAUUCCAUGAAGCAUCUCAUUUAUGUAACAUUGCAGGUUUAGUGAUAGCUUGAAUCUUGACUCCCUCAGAGACACAAAUUCCACUGUGAGCUUCCAACAGAGCUACCACCUCCAUGAGCAGAGCAUCCCUUCUGCUCAGCAGAGAUUUAAAUUCUCUAAAAGAUGAUGAACCAGCAGUCAGGACAGCUUUUGACCCUACAAACAGCAUCUUCAACUUAGACUAGACAUUUCUAGCUGCUUUGCUAAUCAGGGAGGAAGUCUUUAUUUACUCCAAGUCGUAAAAUAACUUUCAUCCCAGUUUCCCCUGGCUCCUUCUCCUUCCUUAUGCCGCAGGAAUCUGUGCACAGCAGGAAGGAGGUUACAGAAGGGUCCGCCAGCCACCCCCACUGCAGGUGGUGCAAGCCUCCAACCCCAAACUGCAAGGCUGUGGUCUAUUUCAAAGUGAGGCAUCCCUGAAUAAUGCUAUAGAUCAGCCACAGGGGAGUUCCUUUAAUAGAGAACUUGGCCAAAGAGGACUUUGACAACCACAAAGACAUUUGGAUGGCAAGGCCAAAUUGAGCUCAUGUAUACUCUGCCUUUCCAGAACUGAAAGAGGGUGGGUGUGGAAGCAUCCCCAGGAACUAAAUGAUAUCCAUGUGUUAGGAGGAAACUGAGUUGCCAGAGAGCUACAGAAAUGGGUUCAAUCUCGACUGAUUUUUUUCAUAUUUAAUAUAUUAUAUUUAAUCCUAUUGUUGCUGGGGUUGGGGUGGUGAUUUUCCAGUUGCUUUGUCUUCUGGUUUGUACUGCUAGCCCCGUGGCAGCAGAGCAGGCAGCAAGCCUGGUUCUUAUUCACACCAUGUACUGCAGCAAAAAGGGAGCUAGCUAAAAGCAACCAGCUACAUUUAACUGCUGGAAGAUGCUUACAGAGAGCUCAGUCAGUGCAAAACUCAGGGCAAGGCUUGAGCUUUGGAACAGAACACAAAAAAACUACUGCUUUAGGCCCAGCUAUGUUGAGAAAUAGCUCUCCUACAAGAGAGGACUGAAGGCAUGCAAUAACCCAAGAGGUUAAUGCUCUGCAGCAUGCACAUGGGCCAAAAAUGAGAUGGGAAAGAACAUCUGUGAAGUUGACUUCUCCAGCCAAGACAAGAGUGGAAAGAGAGAUCACCAGCCCAUUUCCAACAAACCUCCUGUAUCCCUAGAACAGGGUGCAGCCAAUAGUGGGGGUGAACUUACAGACAGCCUGGUCUUCUUCAUACUGUCCUCACUGAAGAGAUUGCUUUGAAAUAUUUCCUUUCCUCCCACAUUUAACUGUUCAAGUGUAUUGCUAAGGGGAUUGAUUGGCUUAAGGUCUCCUGUCAUCUCAUCUCUCCUGUAUAUAGAUAUGUAUAUAUACAUAUACACAUAUUGCUAAUGCAUCAGGUGCAUCAUUACUCCUCUUCCUCCUAUGCCAGCCAAGGAAACGUACUUCUCAGGGCCUGAAGAGAACAGUGAUCAAGUCCAGCUUCCCAGCCAUGUGAAGCACCUGGAGCAAUAUAUUCAAGGUCUCAUUUCAGGCUCCUGUUAUCCAUUUCACAAUAAAUAUUUUACAGUGAA